AUUUCGCAAACGAUUUUGUUUACGAACUUGUCACAGGUCGUAUUUCACUGUUGUGGAGGACAUGUCUCACAACGGCAAUCUGCCGAAGACGCAGCCUGUUGUUAUUCAACGUGGCCGAAUCACGAAAAGGACUCGCAAAGGCAUUGGACGUUGGCUACCCAGGUACUGGACACUCUACACAGAUGGCACGUUGAUGUACCACGACUCUGAGAAACAUUCUCGUAAAGAAAACCCCAAAUUUGUAGUCAAUGUUACAUCUCAGUGUUACGACGUGAGACGAGGAGCAGAAGCGUGCGACUGCUCUUUCCCUAGACGAGUGCCGAGUGAGAACUGUUUUGGAUUAGUGACUGCUACGCGUGUUUUCUAUCUGUAUACAGAAGCCAGCGAAGACUGCAGACGGUGGAUGGAGAAUAUCUCAAGAAUGGCCAAGAAUAUGAUCAGCAGCAACUGGAAUUUCACAGGCAUGGGAACUUCAACACCGCAAAGUCACAGAGGUUUGAAACACGAUCGUCCACCGUCUGAGACGUCUCUAAACGAAUUGGGCAGAGAUUCAGGCGUUUUUGUAGUAGCUUCAACAAGGGAAUCAACAGUAGACCCGAUCGAAACGACCAAUGACGAAAAGGUAGGCACACGGUCGUUGCAUGCGCUUAGCACGGGUGAGGCGCUACAGACUCGGAAAGAAACGAGGUCGCAAACGACAAACGAGACAAAACCAUCGGUAGCUGAGAAAAUUGACACCACGUCAGCAGAAGGGAAUACGAGAACAAGAACAACGAAAUCUCUCUCCGUGUCGUAUAUUGCAACGAGAGACUCUGUUGUUUCUGCAACGUCUAGAGAGACCGAAUCAGACGUGGAUGUUCUCAAGGACACUGACGUUUUCAUGCGAACGCAGUCGCCUGGAGCCGAAACGUUCAAAAUCGAUACCAGACCAAGAAAGAGAUCAUCCGCUAGGAAACCUGAAAGCACCAAAAAACGCUUUCCAAAAUUUGGAAGACGAAAAUCAAAGGAACAGCCAAAGAAAGAAGACAAAGUAAUACGUGCGUCAACGGAAAACACGGGAGCUAUUGGAUUCAUCAAGUACCGCGAUGCAGACGGGGUUGUACAGUUUGCACAAGUGAGUGCUGACGAACUAAACAGACAGCAACAAGGGGAAGGGGAAGACACGGAAGAUCUAGUGGACGAUUUGGAAGCGGAACCAGAUAUUCCAGAGGAGGAAGAACCACAUGUAGACCCACAACAACUGGCUAGAGAGACCAUGCAGCGGUUUGGCCCAAACGAGACGCCAUUGACUUCUGAACAGCAUCAGUUGGAGGAGGGGCAUCAGUUGGAGGAGGGAAGUCUAGUAGAAAAGGCAAAUCAAAAUGAUGUGGGAAUGGAAGAAGCAGACCAAUGUGAACCCGCAGUUUCCAACGUAAACGAGGACAAGGCAAAAACAAAUCAAGGUGAUGUGACUGAAGGAGGCAAUUGUGAACCUGCAGUUGCCGACGUUAGCGAGGAACAAACGAUAGUUGAGGCAACUGACAUUGAUGCGAUAGAUAUUGAGGCUCCAGAGUCUGACAAUGAAAUGAAGACAUCUCCUGUUAGGAGACGAAAAAUCAAACCUGCGGACAGUUGGAUACGACGACAAUCAGCGCUGUCUAAAAACUUUGAAGAGCAGGACAAACCGAUCACGAGAGGAGCAACAAAAAUAGGCGUUAAGCCCGCAGAAGAAGCUCGUAAAGCAGCAGGAUCACUAGUUACACAGUCACCGUUUAUUAGGAAAAUAGCGAGUGUACAGGAGAGCCUAUCUAAAGCGGUAGUAGAAACAACAGAUCUUGCACAAAUCAGAGAAGUGCCUCGUAAUCUUGAAAACGUUGAGUGUAGGGCAGGGAAAUUAACACCAUCAGAAUGGAAAAGAGGAGGUGCAAGUACUGACAAGCUAGUGAAAGAGAUAAUGCGCCUUGGACAAACAAAUAGUUGCGGCCAAUAUGAAGUGAGACACGGCAUUCUACGAAAGGAAGCAGCUAGCUGUAUUGGUAACUUGUCUGCAACACUGAGAACUGCCAAAAGACUGCGCAUGGUAACAUACAAUGGCGAGCUACUGCUUCAAGGUGUCCAUGAUUCAGUGGUGAUCACGCUGCCACAACAGAGACUCUCAACUGCAAGUGCAGAAGCAACGACUGAGCAUUGAAGAAAGACAUCUGUACAUGUCUAGAUAAUUACAGUAGAUAGAUAUGUUCUUGUAAUACUAACUGGAUCACGUUUAGUCACUAUACGCAAAGAAUUCACUAGGAUCUUGCUCGUUGUCUAUGGUGGCACCUAGAGUUAGCCACGCCCAUUUAGCACAAAUCCACUAUAUCGAG